ACUUUUACAUCUUUGCAAAUCGUCAAAUGCUAUCUUUAAGGCGCAAAAGCUAAAUAUAGCUUCUGCAAAAUGUGAAAAUAAGGGAUUUCACCUGAGGUUAUUGGGGACGUAUGGCGUCGUUGCUGUGUUUUACAGGACAAAGGGACGAAAAUCUUGAGGGCGUGUGCGAAGAUUCAACAUAUUCAAAAUGAGUCUAUCUCAGGAGCAGGGUAGCAGGCCUCCCAGCAGAGGAGAAGUGGAGGUAGAAGAACAAGAGGACGAGUACAAGGGAAUGGAAGAAGUCACCCCUCUAGUGGCCCUUGCACCUGAUGCUUCUCUCCCACUAGAAGAGCAGCCCUCUGCCAAUGCUGAUGUCUCUGCUAGUCCUGCUUUCCAGUGCCUAGAUGAGAUGUUAUCAUUGGGCAAAAUCGGCCAGACCAAAGUGGCCAAACUGAAAUCCAGCUACAGGCUACUCCACAAUACUCUGAAGAGUACCCAGGAUUCUGAGAUCCAACUUUUGGGAGAAGCAAAGAGGCGUCGUGCUGAGUUGAAGAGGCUGCAGGCCGAGAUGGAGAGAACAGAGGACCAGAGCACCUCUGAGGAGCCUGUAAGUGAGGUCAAUGAACUGAGGCAACAGCUCCUCCAGGCAUACAAUGAACUGAAAGCUGCUGAGGACAGAGAGUACAAGACACGGCACAGAAUGAAAUGUCUCUGGGAAGAGAAGCAGUAUCUGGAGAAAGAGAAAGAGAUUCAGCCGAAACCUGCUGAGCUGGAGAGCAGAACAAAGACCCUGCAGGACAAAUAUGAGGAUCUGAGGAAAGAGAUUGCCCAGAGACAACUGGAAGUCAGAAGACUGAUGGAAGAUGUGGAAACCCAUGAAAUGCAGCUCUUGAAAGAACAGAAAGAGCUGGAAGACAAGAAGAAGAUAAUAGAGCACAAAGAGGCUGAGAAAGCCCAUCUCAUCAGUAUACCUGACCAGAUUUUAAAGGAGUUCGAAAGGAAACGCUCUAAGACGGACGCUGCAAUGAAGAAGACGGAAGUACUAAAUACAGAGAUUUCAGAAAUGGAGCGGCAAGUGAAAGAAGUGGAGCAGCGUAACCACUCCCUCAAGUUGAAGAAGAAGGAGUUGAAUGAGGAGCUGGAGGGUCUCCAGGCCCAAGUAGAAGCCAAUCAGAGGGAAUUCAGACAGCUGCAAAAAAAGCAGGAGGUCAACAGGGAGGAGGAGGCUGAAUUCACAGGGAACAGAGGCAUCCUGGAAAUGAAGCUGCAAAACAUCAUGUGUGAGAGAAAGCACCUGUAUGAGAGCCAAUCUGUGCAGCUCAGGGAGAAAAAUAGGCAGAUGCAAGCCCUCAAGAGGAUGGAGCAUGCGUUGGCCACAGCCACUGAGCAGCUAGAACACACGCAAUCUAUCUACAAUGAGUUGCAGGCACAGUUAGAUGCUGUUCCCAAAAGAGAGGCCAGUACUCAACAGAGGAUGGAGCUUCAGAAAGAGGUGGAUGCUCUCAAAGUCAGCUUUGAAAAGCAGCUAUCAGUAACUGAGGAAGAGAGCCAGAAGAAGCAGCAGUAUGGGAUGAUUCAGGGGCUGCUUAGGGAGUCAAACUGCCUCAGAGAAGAACUCCAUAACCUCAGAUGUCUGACACAGAUCAAAGCUGAGGAGAGGGGCCAGAAGCACCGUGAACUGCUUAGAGCUGAGCAGCUGAACCAGCACUUCCAGCAGGAGCUGCGAGAAAAAGACCUGAUCAUCAUGGAUCACAACAAGCUGAAUACUAUGCUACAGCGCAGAGUAUCACAGUAUUGUAAGCUGUGCCACAUGAUUAUGGAAGAGAAGAAUAAGUACGUCAAGCUCAAGCAGAUGGCCUCGCAGACAAUCACAGAGCUGGAGGAGCAGGCUAAGGUGCAAGAAAAUGAAAUGGAAAUCCAACGUACAAUUGUCAUCAACAAGGAUAGAUCACUCGCAAAGGCUCGUAUGAAGAUCUCCAAUAGCUCCAAAACGAGGGACAAACUGCAAAAUGACAUCUCCAAGGUUGCCUGGAAGCACUGUCAGAUCAAUCAGGAGUGUGAAGAUGACACACUGCAGUUGAUAAAACUAACACAAACGAUCAACCUCCAGGAGCAGGCACUUCUAGAAAUCAACAAGAAUCAUGAAACGGCCAUACAGCGCCGCAACUUUCUUGGCAUUCAGCUCCUGGAGCAUGAGGAGGUGUUGUUCAACUACUAUGAAAAGGUGAACAUCCAGGAGGCAGCCAUUACUAAGGGCAACAUGGCGAUGGAGACCCUGGAGAAGGAGAUAAGAGACUUACAGUUGGCGAUUAAUGAUGAGAAGAGACAGAUAGACCUGAAGAAGAAGGACGUACCCCUCAGGAAAAAGCUGGAGGGCGAGAUCGCCAUACUGCAGAUAGAGUUGUCAGAAGCCAGGGACAGGACCCUUGAAGGUCUGAAUCAAACACUUGAUUACAAAGAGCUAAAAGGCGAAGACCCCUCAACUGUAGAACUGGUCAAGAAGGUUGAGCAGCUGGAGGCAAAUCUAGCAGAGAGUGAGAGGCAGGUGCUGGAAAAAGAACUCCUUGUGGACCAGGUGACCCGGCUCUCGAAGCCACUCAGCGAGCAGGCUGAGAACUGCCAACAAGACAGACUCUCACUGGCCAAGAAGUUAAACGAGCUCCGAACUCACAUCAUCGACACCAACCACCAGAUGAUGGCCGUUUCUGCAGAGCUUUCCGUGAAGCAAGCCGUCACUUUGUCUCUCCAACAAGAGAUCAGAGAGAAAGAGCUCCAGAUGGACAGGUGCCAGGAGCAGCUGGAGCAGGGCCUGCCACCAUGCCCUGAGAUAGAGGAGGAGUGGAGGAGGAUGCUCCGAGACAGGAAGAGGAGGCAGAGGGACAAAGAGGAGAGAGAGAGGCUGGCUGAAGAAGAGGAGUGGAAUCAGUUGCCUAAUGGAGAGUACACCACAGCUGAAACCCGUCCCAACGCAUACAUCCCCCUGACCGGCCCGCUCCCUCUGCCAAAACCCUACGGAGCCCAGGCCCCCUUCAAACCAUCCCAACCAGGAGCCAACAUGAGACACAUCCGCAAACCAACACUCAAACCCUUAGAGAUAUAGAAAACAACAUUCAUAAACAUGGGGGUGUUGCUUUGGGCUUAUUUUUUAAUCCCCACCGUUCACAUCAGUGUCCUUCAGAAGCAUAAAAUGUAAAAGCCAA